GAAACUGAGGAGAGGCUGAGGGGAGGCUGAGGAGGGGCUGAGGAGAGGCCUGGGCCAGGAAGGGAGAGGCGUGACUGGGUUAGAGGUAGGAAAGUUGCAUGGACACCAGGGCCAUCCUGGGGGGAAGGUGGCCUGUGUGAGAGACAGGCUGUGCAUAUCAUCCUGAGGAUGAGGCUGAGCCUUUGUGGAUAUUGUGAAUGUGUCUGUGUGGGUCUGUGUGUGUGUGUGAGACAGAUUGUGUCGUCCUGAGGGUAUGGCUGUGUCUCUGGAGAUUGUGAGAGUGUGAGUGUGUGUGUGUGUGAGAGAGAGAGAGAGAAACUGCGUGUCGUCCAGAGGCUGGGUCUGUGAAUGAAUGUGAAUGUGUCCAUGUGUGUCCAUGUGGGUUAUGUGUGGUAAUGUGUGUGUGUGUUUGUCCAACUUCUACAGAGUCUUGGUCUCUCUGUGGAGCUGUCUCUCUCCGGGCCUCUGCCUAUACAUGUGUGGUGAUAUCUCUGAGUGACUGCCUGUGUCCUUGUCUUUGGUGUUGUGGGUGUGUCAGCCUUGAUCUCUAUCCUUGGGUGUCUCUGUGUGAGGGUGCCCUCUGGGUGUCCACUAUGUCUGGUCUUUCCAUGCAUGUCUCUUGGCAUGAGUGUAGGGGUGUGUCUCUCCAGGGUCCAGUCCUGUCUGGAUCUUUCCCUAUCUCUGUGUGUCCACGUGUGUCUGAGUGUUUCUUAAUGUUUGUGUGUGACUCUGCAGAGGUGGAUGCAUCUGGGUGUGCCUCUUCCAAAGACUGUAUGCCUGGACAAGGGGGCCUAGCAGAGCCACUACCUUCUCACCCUACACUUCUCCUAGUCUGCCCAGCCACAGUUCCCUGGCUUUUUCUUGCCCACAGAAAGCUUUGGAGGCAUAGGGGCCUGGGAGUGACAGGGGCAGGGUGGAGGAGGGGAAAAGAAAGGCUGUUUCUUCUGCCUCCCACAGGAUCUUCUUAAAAGGGGAUCAGACUCCUAAAGGGUCUCUGUGCCCUACUCCGUUCUGACCAAGGAGAGGUUGAUUUGUUCACAGAAUGUGUUUGCAGCCAGUGCUGGCCAUUUAUAGGUGUCCCAGUAACUCUGAGGUAGGGACCAUCAUCAUCCUUAUCUUACAGACAGGGAAACUGAGUCUCAGACUAAGUGACUCACCCAAGGUUACCUCAGGCAUCCAGGUUCCACAGCCCCCACAAUUAGCCACUAGACAAAUGGGAGAUCCCUUUUUUCCCUUUCCGCUCAGCUGACACAAGGUUGCAGGGUUUUCCCCAAGGGAAUCUCCGCUUGAAAACAGUAGAAAUGGAUGAAAGGAAGGAAAUGCUAAAAAGCUCAGAGGAAGAAGAAUCCAGAUCUAAGGCCAAACCAGGUUCAACAGUCACUGGCAAGUACUCUUGGGCAAGUCACUUCCAGGGCUGCUGUAUGAUUUUUAAGGGUACUUUGCCUUUAUGGACCUCUUGCUCCAUUGGCUUUUUAAAGCACUAAAAGUUACAUUUUGUUAUUUCAUUAAUAGGAAGACAAAUGUAUUCUAGGCUGGAUUAGAUCUUUUCUUAUGAUUUUAAAAGAAAUUAAGACCUUCCUAUGGGCCCCUAAAGGUUUCAUGGGCCCCAGGCUCUGUGCCUACUGGGUAAGUGGGCUCUGGUCACUGCUGUGGUCUGGCAAAAUGAGCCAGUGUUCUUGACCUCAUAGGACACGGGUGAAAGUCAGAGACCACUGAUCUGCAAGGAAUAUAUUUUUUUAAAUUAAAUUCUGUUUCAAAAAUGUGUAUGGUGAUAUGAGGUUUCUACACCCAGGGAGACAGUUCAAAGGAAGAGAAAGAAAAAAUAAUAACCCCUACCCCUUUCUCAUUCCCAUUCCACGCCCUCCAGAUACCAAGCCAGCCUCAUUCCACAACCUUUCCCAGGAUGGAAAACGCUGUACAGAUGUGUCCACAUCCACAUGGGUUGGUUUGUUUUUUUCACAAAGGGACUGAAGUUAUGCAUAAAACUGGCCCUGUUGGCCCCCUAGGCCUGUCUUCCUGUUCACCGUGGGCAGCAGAGGGAUGGCUGCUCAGCUGCUGACUGAUGAGGCACUGGAGUCAGUGACGUUCAGGGAUGUGACUGUGGACUUCACCCAGGAGGAGUGGCAGCAGCUGGAGCCUGCCCAGAAGGACCUGUACAGGGAUGUCAUGCUGGAGAACUACAGGAACCUGGUCUCACUGGACUGGGAGACUAGACCUGAAAUGAAAGAGUUGGAUCCAAAGAAGGACAUUUCGGAAGACAAACCCUCGGUUGUUGGGGUGGCCACAGGGGGACCCACGAGGAACAGUGCCAGGGGUCCUGGCUCAGAAGGAGUGUGGGAACCAGGCAGCUGGCCAGAGAGGCGGCGGGGAGAUGCGGGUGCCCAGUGCGAGCCACUGGGAAUUCCCCAGGGGAACAAACUCUUGGGGGGCUCAGUACCCGGAUGUCAUGAACUGAAGGCAUUUACCAACCAAAGCUGUGUCCUGGUUCCACCACGGCUGGACGACCCCACAGAAAAGGGGGCCUGUCCACCCAUAAGGCGUGACAAGAACUUCUCCGGUAUUUCGGACCUCAGUAAGCCCCCCACGCCCUGCGUGGAGAAGAAGACCUAUGACUGCAGCGAGUGUGGCAAGGCCUUUAGCCGAAGCUCGUCCCUGAUAAAGCACCAAAGGAUCCACACGGGAGAAAAGCCGUUUGAGUGCGACACCUGUGGGAAGCACUUCAUCGAGCGCUCGUCCCUCACCAUCCACCAGCGGGUGCACACGGGCGAGAAGCCCUAUGCCUGCGGGGACUGCGGCAAGGCCUUCAGCCAGCGCAUGAACCUCACUGUGCACCAGCGCACGCACACGGGCGAGAAGCCGUAUGUGUGCGACGUGUGCGGGAAGGCCUUCCGGAAGACGUCCUCUCUCACCCAGCACGAGCGGAUCCACACGGGGGAGAAGCCCUACGCGUGCGGGGACUGCGGCAAGGCCUUCAGCCAGAACAUGCACCUCAUCGUGCACCAGCGCACGCACACCGGGGAGAAGCCGUACGUGUGCCCCGAGUGCGGGCGAGCCUUCAGCCAGAACAUGCACCUGACCGAGCACCAGCGCACGCACACCGGGGAGAAGCCGUACGCCUGCAAGGAGUGCGGCAAGGCCUUCAACAAGAGCUCCUCGCUCACCCUGCACCAGAGGAACCACACCGGCGAGAAGCCCUACGUGUGCGGCGAGUGCGGCAAGGCCUUCAGCCAGAGCUCCUACCUCAUCCAGCACCAGCGCUUCCACAUCGGGGUGAAGCCGUUCGAGUGCAGCGAGUGCGGCAAGGCCUUCAGCAAGAACUCCUCGCUCACGCAGCACCAGCGCAUCCACACCGGGGAGAAGCCCUACGAGUGCUACAUCUGCAAGAAGCACUUCACGGGGCGCUCGUCCCUCAUCGUGCACCAGAUCGUGCACACCGGGGAGAAGCCCUACGUGUGCGGCGAGUGCGGCAAGGCCUUCAGCCAAAGCGCCUACCUCAUCGAGCACCAGCGGAUCCACACCGGCGAGAAGCCGUACCGGUGCGGCCAGUGCGGGAAGUCCUUCAUCAAGAACUCCUCCCUCACUGUGCACCAGCGGAUCCACACGGGCGAGAAGCCCUACCGAUGCGGCGAGUGCGGAAAAACCUUCAGCCGGAACACGAACCUGACGCGCCACCUGCGGAUUCACACCUGAGCGCCGCCGUGCAGGGCUCUCCCUGGCGGUGCCCAGGACGGACGUCAGAGGGAUGCGCGCUUUGCCAGCAGUGCUGUGAGAAGUUCUCCCCUGGGGUGGGGACUGGGGGUCAGGGGACCUCAGGAAUGUGGGGUUGUGGAGGGGCUGAUCACACAUGUCCCCUCCUUACUGAGCCUCAGAAAGCAAGCCCCUCGGUGUCGGACGUAUCUGGGGACAUUUCAGGGUUCACUGUAACUGAGCCAUGGCCGCUGGUAACAGACAUCAGGGUUCCAGACUAGCUCUCUGAGUAACUGUCCUACGAGCUUGGACAGGUCACGCCUGCCUCCACAUCUCUGUUUCUUCAAUGGGAAAGUGGAGCUGGUGGAGGGGAGGGAGGAGGCAUCUCCGCCUUUGUCAGAUACACCCUGGAGUCCAGAUGCAGCUUGUCACCAUCUGCAUUGUCUCGGUGGGUUAGGAGCAUGAGGGCUUUCCUAUCCCUCCACCCACCAUUUCCCUGCAGUGUGCGCUGGAAGCCACCAAGCUAGGAAGUAGGCAGGAGUUUGCCGAUUGUUUGUGAGGGGAAAAAAAAAUUUUUUUUUUUCAGAGUUAGCAAAUAACAGUAACUACUGCUUUGAAUGCCAAAGUUUCUUAAAGUGUGCUGUUACAUUUUUUAAAAAUAAAACUUCUAAUUAAGGGAGA